AUGGGAGGUAUAGGUAAAUCGACUGUCAUGAAGCACAUCAAUAAUCGUCUAUUGAAAGAGAAAAACAAAUUUGACAGUGUCAUUUGGGUCAUUGUAUCAAAGUCUUUAAAUGUUAUCCAACUACAACAUGAUAUUGCACACAAGUUAGAUUUAAAUCUCACAAAAGUUGAGGAUGUAGGAGCAAGGGCUGCCAAGUUAAUGGCAAAAUUGGAAGAUAAUGAUAGAUAUGUGCUAAUCUUAGAUGAUAUGUGGGAAAUAUUUGCUCUUGAGGAAGUAGGAAUUCCAGAGCCUAUGGAUGCAAAUUAG